CACCUAACGGGUCCUUUUGAACCCCGUUUUGCUCGCUUUAUUUACACAUCCACCUUAUUAUUAAAUUCCGCCUCAUUAUUAAUGUUCCUGUGAGGUGAAUAAAAUAAAUAAAUAAAUAAACAGUAAUUUUCAUCUUUACGAACGCGCAUAGCUAUGAACAUCUUGUUGAAAAUGGUUGUUCUUUUGCAGAUUCCGGAGCUGAAGCACGCGUCGGUGCGUAUGAGAGACGGAGGACGAGUGGAGACCAUCAUCGAACACAUGCGGAGAGAAGGACCUAAUGCACUGCAGGUUGGAAUUUUUGUUUUAUGUGCAUUCGGAUUUGUAAUUGGAUCACUUAUCCUAGGAUACUUCUCUUAUACAUCUUUUAAAAAUAAUGAUGACAGCAGAAGAGCCCUAGCUAUACAAUUGGGACAUGUCCUUUGUCCUAAUAUUACUAUGGCCAUUGUCUUCAUCUUUUGUGGUGUUACUGACGGGUUUUUUACAGAAGCAGCAACUUGUUCAGCACUGAACGGUGUUCGGAUCCUUUUUCUACUUUGGAUUGCUCUCCACUUGAAAACAUUUGAAGGUUAUCACCGCCAAUUAAUUAACCGCUUGGCAAUUCUACUACAAUAUACAGUGAUAACUGUUGUUGUUUAUUCACCUCUUGUUGUGGAAGUCCGGUAUAAUGUAAACACUGGCUGGAAAGUGAUUCUUCUGAUAUUUCUGCUACUGGCGCUAUUUCUGACUCUUCUGUAUAUUCUGUAUCUUAUCACUACUGGUAAGUGUUUCAAGCAUUUAUUAUUUUUUUCAUAUUAAACAUUUCUUAAAUGUGUGUGUGUGUGUGUGUGUGUGUGUGUGUGAGAGAGAGAGAGAGAGAGAGAGAGAGAGAGAGAGAGCAACAGAGUGAGAGUUCUGCAUUAUAGAAUUAAUGUACAGAUACAUUCCAGAAAUGUUAUUACAUGUUUUAAACAAUUUCACACAGACUUAAUCAGUCACCCUUUUAUUCCUGAAAAAAGGGUUGUGUUUGUGCUUUUCUUACUAUAUUCCCUCCCCAACAGAGUUUCUACACUGAUUACUCUUAUUCCAUGACAUAGUGAAUCGGUAUCAGGAUUUAUUUAUUAAUAGACACUUCAGAGUACUUCUGUAAGUUCAAGAUCAAAAUCGAGGAUAACUGAGACACGCCUCUGUGUAUAAUUCUAAAAUAACUUCUAAAAUAACUUCCCUGCUGACGAUGUCCUGUUCAACAUCUCUGUGUAUUUAUUUCCUUUAAAAAACUUUAGAUUUUGACAUUAAUUAUUUAUAUUUAUUCAUUUAACAGUCGAUUUUAUCCAAAGCAACUUACAAAUGAGAAAAUACAAGCAAAAUGAUCUAUCAAGCAGAGAACAGUACAAGUAGAGUUACUGUCCAAGAUGUUUAAUUGAGUUCCAGAAGAAGCAAUGUGCACAGAGUAGAGGUGUAAGGUAUAAUUUAAAAAUAAUCAUUAUUUUAGGGGUUGGUUAGGUGUUGAGGGAAGAGGUGGGUCUUUAGCUGUUUUUUGAAGAUGGAGAGAUUCUGCGGUCCGGAUUGAGGUCGGAAGUUCAUUCCACCACUGAGGAACAGUUAUUGUGAAGGUUCUGGAACGGGAUCUUGAGACACACUGAGUAGGAACUACUAAACGUCGGUCGUUGAUUGAUCACAAAUUUAAAUUUGUUAACCUGCAGCAGGUGAUGAGGGUUAAACACAUGGCAUGUGGAACAAUAUAGAAUUAAUGCUUAUAAAUAAAUAAAUAAAAUGACCACAGUUCCGGUGUUGAGGACAACAUUAUACUAUUCAUGGUAUUUUAUUUAUCUUUCACAACAAGUGAAUAAUUCAGUUCUGUAAUUAUUCACAUGUAAAUGCAUAUUGUAAUUUGCUGUAUUUCCAUAUUAACACAUCGUAGUUACACAGGUCCUUACACUGGAAUAACAGCACUGGUGUAUAACUGUAAUGUUACCUUUUGUUUCGGGUAGCUGCCAUAAUACCUGGAAUAUAAAUACCAUUCAUGUGUUUUUAUUUAUUGCUCUUUAAAAAUGCCUUACAGACCUCUGAAAUAACCUUUUAAUGAUCCUCUAUUUUCCAAUACAGUAUGCUGUAGAUGGACUCUAUGAGAAGAAGCAGGCUUUAGUUACAAUGUUAUAGAACUCAGCAAUUUUCUACGAAUAUGUGUUAUUAUAGUGAUAUAUGGAGAUUAUCCAGGUAAGUACCACUUUUUGCAGGUAAUGUUAUAUUUGAUUGACAUGUACGUUUCAUUAAAUGUACUAUUAUAUUUUCCCAAGCACGUCUUAUCCUAAAGACUAUUAUAUACAGUAUAUAAAACAUUCAGACUGCAUGUGUAGAUGUAAUGUAAUUGAUUUCACACACUAAAGCUUUUAAAUUCUAGAUAUUUUAAAUAUUUAAACAUAUUCUCUAUAUUUUGUUCCCUCAUUGUCCAGACCUACUAACACUUACAUACAGUACCCUAAAAUCAGUCUCAUCCCACAAGAUUUCAGUUUUAGUCGUGUAUCUGAUGAGCCUGGAGCAUAUUAGCUUCAUCAGCACAAUUACAGACACAAAUAAUAAUUUCAGAUUAAAUCUGAACCUUCUCAAACAAAGUGCUGUAUUAAUGUAAUGAACAUUCUCUGUUUUUCAGGACUUCUGAUGUUGGCACUAAUUCCAGUUUUGGCAUGGAUUUGUUUUUACUGUUAUUUUAAUUGUAUACGUGUGUGUAAGUACAU